AUGGGCGGAGGAGGAGCACCUAAACCUGUAGCCACAUUCAGUGAUUUUAACGUUCGGGGUGCAAGGAUUUUUGACCGCUCCGAACUAUAUGUAUUUACAGACGAGGAUUGGGAUAAACCUGACCUUAGUUCAUUCAGAGGGUCUAUCUUUAAUAUGAAAACUAGGAAAUUAGAUUCCUUCACACCUUCUACCGUACAGUUUAAGCCGCGUGGAACAGUUGUGUCGGCAUAUGGCACACUUUAUUUUCUUGAAGCCAAGGGACGAAGUCGGAGUCUAGGUUUUGGGAAAUACAAUCCUGAUAAGAAGGAUUGGGUGCGACUGCCUUUGUUUCCAUUUUCUUAUGAAUACAUUAUGAAGGUAACUGGUUAUGCCGUUUGUUAUGGCCUUAUUUUGUAUACAUUGUGUGACAGACACCAAAAAUUGGAUGUCGUUGCUUUUCACGUGGGGACAAAGAAUUGGAAACGAGUGCAAACUAACACUUAUAUUCCUUUCCGAGGGAGGGCCGUGGUUGUAGGCGAGACUAUCUAUGCCUUAAAUAUGCUUGAGGUGGAUGAGAUUAUAGCAUACUCCUUGGAGAGGAAGGUAAAUGAUGACGGUGAUAUUGCAUAUUCACUAGUGCAACUGUAUAGAUUGAACGGCCUUGAGAUUGCUGAUCCCCCAUUGCAAUUUGGUGAAUUUGUGACUGACUAUUUGGUUCAUCUGGGGAAUCAAGACUUAGUUCAUGUUAAGACUGGCACUAACGAAGAAUGUGAUGAGGUUCAACAUCUUUGUAUCACCACGUUUCAAAUUAUCCAAGAAGGAACAAGACAUAUGAUCGAGACCUUACAUUCAAUUGUUCUUCCUGUGGAUAUCGAGGCCGGUAAUUGGUUCAUGCUUACGUUCGGCUUUACUCCAGAGUGCGAGGAUUAUGAACCCGUAGAAAGGGAGAGUGCAACUAGCAUGAAGCAGCCAAAACAAGAAGAUGAAAUCACUUUGGAUGAGAGUUCUUUUAUGUGGGAGGAAGAAGCCAAGCAGGAAAUAACUGCUAGACAGCCAGAAAAAGCCUCCAUUCAACAGGAAAAAGCCAACCAGAAAAAAAGACAAAAAAGAAAAAUCUUUUGGAAGGAGGGAUUACAGGUAGUAGAAAAUAAGCUGUAAUGUAAGUACCUGAGGAGCAGAGCCAUUGAUGAUCACAAGCAGAGACAUUUUACUGC